ACACUGCACUCGUUAAUUUUGUGCGCGCGGUGGGUCGUUUCGUUUUGUUGUGUGCGAUCUGUCUGCAACUGCGAAUUUCUGUUUGAACGCAUAGGAAAUCUCUGGAGAAUUCUAAAAAGUUCGUGCCUCUCUCAUCGCCAACAUUUGCCAAUUAAGAACAUGUCGCUUGCCUUUGUGCCGCCUCGACAGCGGGGGAAAUCCGUGCCUGACCAGGCAACGAUACAAAAGAUGCUGGAUGAAAACAAUCAGCUAAUACAAGCCAUUGUGGACUACCAAAACAAGGGAAGAGCCUCCGAAGUUGCACAAUACCAACAAAUUCUGCACCGUAACCUUGUGUAUCUGGCAACAAUAGCUGAUUCCAACCAGGGCAUUCAGAACCUGUUAGCAGCACCAAACCAGAGCAAUGCUAACAUGGGCAACCCAUCUCAGGGGAUGAGUGGCCCCAACCCACCCACUAUGGGCCCUGGACCAGGCGGGAUGGUCCCCAAUUCACAGGCUGAUAAUAUGAUGCAUCAACAGCAGCAUCCACAACAACAGCAGCAGCAGCAGCAUCCACAGCAUCAACAUCCACAGCAGCAGCAACAUCCACAACAGCAGCAGCAUCCACAACAGCAGCAGCAACACCCACAACAACAGCAGCAGCAGCAGCACCCACAACAGCAGCACCUGCAGCAACAGCAGCAUCCACAACAACAGCAGCAGCAUCCACAACAACAGCAUCAGCAUCCACAACAACAGCAGCAGCAUCCACAGCAGCAACAGCAUUCACAACAGCAGCUACAGCAACAACCACCACCCCAGCAGCAACAGCAGCAUCAACCGCCACAACAGCAACAGCCACAACAGCAACAACCGCAGCAGCAACAACCACAGCAGCAACAGCAGCCGCCACAGCAACAGCCCCAGCCCCAGCAGCAACCACAGCCACAGCAGCAACCCCAGCAACAGAUGGGCAGUGUGCCUGCUAGUAUGCCACAGACCUCUUCAGGCCAAAUGCCUAUGGGCCAGAUACAUGGGUCACAAAUGGCCGAGCAGUCUUCAAUGGGCCCACCGUCUAGCACUACCAACAAUAACAUGCCUAGUUACAGUACAUCAGGCAACACACAGAGUAUGGGAGGAUACCCAAGGAGCUCCAUGCCCCCAGACCAGGCUGCACCAGGUCCCCAAAUGAGUGAGCAAAGCAUCAUGGGACCCCCGGCCAGCUCUGCCCUCGUCGGCAACAACAUGCCAGCCAACCCCAACACUCCAACAAUGCCUCCUAACCCCAGCAUGCAGAGCGGCUACAGUCCCAGCAUACCCCAGGGUAGUUCCUCAUACUCGCACACCUCUAUGCCGCAGUCGCAAGGAAGUAUGAUGCCACGGCAACCAAAUAUGCCUAGUAACCAGCCAACCAAUCAGCAGCAGCAGCAGUAUCACAUGUCCCAGCAACGGUAUCCAGCGCAGCAGGGCAUGAUGGGAUCAUCACAGAAUGGUAGUCAGGGCAACCAGAUGAUGGGCGGGCAGCAGCCAAUGGGAGGCUUCAGGCAACCAGCUCAGUCAGGUCCCCAGUCAUAUGGUCAAGCCCCAGGAUAUGGCCAGCAGUACCCACCCCAGCAAGGUGGCUACCCACCCCACAACCCCCGCCAACCCUACUCCAAUCAGUACCAAGCCCCACCCCAACAACAGACCGGACCACCGGGGCCCCCACCCCCACCAACCCAGCAGCAACAACAGCAGCAGCCAGGACCACCCCCACCACAUCAGGGGAACUAUGGCAGUUACCCACAAGGUCAGGCCCCACCCCAGGGGCGGUAUGGGUAUGGACAGGGUCAGGGGCAGGGACCGCCUGGGCCACCGGGACCCAUGGUGCCUGUGGGCCCAGGGCCCGGCCCCCAGCAGGGCGGUGGAUAUGGUGGUUACAACCAAGGACAGUAUGGACCUGGAUAUCAACAGUAAUUUAAGAAAAAUGUUACUGGUUCCAUAUUCUAGCUGACGACCACUUUGCACAGUCUGAUGGUUUUGCUUACGUCAGCAAAAAAAGGAAGAGAAAAUGGCGCUAUCUGUUGCAAAUGAAUUUUGUAGGUGAUGGAGGGUUUUAGAUUUGUACGCAUGUGAAUGUUAACAUGUGGCAGUGGAUUUGUUUGUGUCAUGAGCCAGUGAAGAAUGUAUUGGCGCUAGCCUUGUUAAACAAGGAAGUGGUGUCUAUAAGCAUGAGACUUGAUAAUGGCCAAAAGGACAAGGUAAGCACUGGUCCUAAGCACACUAAAUUUUGAAAAGCUUUGCUUAGUAUAUUACUAACCAUAAUGCCAUUUUAAGUAUACUAGUUCUUGGCUAAUUUUGGUUAGUAAACAAAUUUGAUGAGCAUGUUUUCUGCACUGCAGCUGUGCUUUGCAGGUUCAGGGUUGUUUUUGCAGAAAUUUCAACAACUUUCAGAAAAUGUCAACACUUUCACAAAGUUACAUUUUACUUUACAAGUUUAAGAAGUUGAAAUGUAAUGCGUUUCUGGGAUCUAUUCAGUUGUUGAACAUCUCAAAUAGCUUUUUCUUCUUUUUCAUUAUGAAUUCAAAAUCUUAUCCACGGAUUUGUCAGUAUCUCAUUUUUGCCAGUGGGACAGCAGAAGUCAUUUGCACAUGUGGAGUGGCCUUGGAACUUUUGAGAGCGAGACCAAAAUAUAGUUUUAUUUCACUUUUUAUUUAACCAUUCUGUUUGUUGAAAUGCAUGUCAAACACAGCAAGUCUUGUCUACCUAGUAUUAUAUGUAGACACCUAGAUGUCUUCAUAUUUAAAUGUACAAUGUAAAGAUAUUGUAGUUCUCAUUCAUUGCUUUGCUGCAAGUACCUGUCGUUCGUUAUGACUGCAUUUGAUGUAAACUUUUUGGCAAGUGUGUUGUGUUCUUGAAUCCUUUUUAAGAGAAGUUAAAAACCAUUCUCUUAAAGUACAAUGUAUACAAUGUAUGGUAUCAGAAAUUAAGUGCUGUUCACUCCAUCAAUAAAACUCUCAGCAAAAAAACAAAUGUUUGCAUACACUUUACCAAACAUUUUGCAAGUGGAAUAGCUCAUAUACAAAGAUUCUACAUGUUUUUGCAAAUUGAGCCAAAAAAUGUCUGGGGGUGCCACAUUAGAUUGUGAAAUUUCAUGGGUCGAAAUGUGUUCCCUCGACCAAUUUUAGAGGUUCGUGUUAAUGAAUGCCGGAUGGACCAACAGAGUACACUUGUAUUGUGUACUUCUGCAAAAUCACCUUGAUCAUAACUCAAAACUUUACCCCCAUGCCUCCUUUGGGAAAUUCGUGAUCCGCCAAUGCGCAUGCCAGUGUAGGUGUAUUUUAAUGGUAGGGGCGAGAGAAAAUAUAGACCGCACAAUUUCAUGUAUAAUAUACUAUGGUAAAUCUGUUCUGAAAUUUGUUCCGAGCCAUACCAAAAAACAGUGGGCCAUGUCAAAGCAGACAACUGAACCAGUACAUGUAUGUCACGUCUCCUAGCACUGUAUGAAAACAAACUUCCAUACGUUUUCCUAUUUCCCUGAGAAAUUUCUAACAUUCCCAAAAAGCCACCAUAGCUAGUCAGUCAAUUGACACAACUUGGACACAAGAUGCACAUCUUCAAACUAGCGAAAACCUUUCCAUUCUGUGUCACUGUCAAAUUGGAAACUCAUUUCCCAAGGUUUGCCUGAUUGAGAGUGGCUGGGAAGCCUGUGCAUGUGAUUUGUCCUUGGGUCUUACGUGUAGGUCAAAAAUCCCCUUCUGUAUUUCCUGCAUGGAGUCUAGUCUUGGUCCAAGAUUGGCUUUGUUUUUUAUUUCCCUUUGAUUUUAUUUCCCUUUACUCUGCCCGGUGACAAGUGCAGUCCGUGGCAGUAGCAAUUGCUAUCAUCUUGAUGAAGUCUUGGGAAAAUUCCCAGUGUACCUCAUGCACAUGCAUUAGCUUCAAUACAGCGUGCCUGGGGUGUGCUCGGGUAGUGAUGCCAAAGUUCCCAAGACUGGAUUUGCCUAGAUGAUAGCAACCCUCUACUGCCAGGGCAGCUCACCACACAUGUAUUAAGGUGCCAUUAGGGAAAUAAAAUCCAAUUCCAGUCUUGAACCAAGACUACAAGGACUCCAGCCUUAUAGAACUAGUACACCACCUGUUUUCAUGAACACAGUUCAUUUCUGCUGUAUUUGUUUAGGUUUUUGUUCAUGUUAUUUGUAGUAUGUGCUGAUUGUACAUCGUUUUGAAUGCUUGAUCAUUAAAAUGACAAGGAAACAUUCCAAUUGCCUUGUGUAGCAUCUUAGUACAUGUAGUUGUUGCCAAUAGUUGGUCGAUUGUUUUAAUUUAAUCAAAUUAAAUGAGCUACUUUAUAAAAGCCAUUAUUUGGGAAUUAAAACCAUACGUUAUGCCGACCUUCA